AUGUACGUCUCUCAAGUGGUGACUUGCGGCCUCUUCCUCGCCCUCUUGGCUCUAGGGCUGGAGGCGAAGCCGGCUCCCCAGCACCUGCAGAAGGGUCCUCCGGGGAGCGCGGCGGCGCUGGGGCGCGAACUGGCCGAGCUGCUGGAAGCGUCGUCGGGGCCGGCGCGGGGCGGCGGCGGCGGCGGAGGCACCAAAGCGCAACAGCAGGCGCAGCAGCGGGGCAAAGGUUCGUCGUCGCGGCUGAUGCGCGACUUGCGCACCGACACCAAGCAAGCCCGGGCGGGCUGGGCGCGGCUCAUGCACCCCGAGCACCACGCCGGAGGCGGCGGCGGCGGAGGAGGCGGCGGCGGAGGCUCCCGGCGCCUGAAGGGCCUCUCCAAAAAGGGCCUCUCCAAGGGCUGCUUCGGCCUCAAACUCGACCGCAUUGGCACCAUGAGCGGCCUGGGCUGCUGAAGCUCCGAGGAGCGGCCGGCGGGCGACACCUAGC